AAAACCUUUAAACCUCGGACGCAGAGAAGGUACCGCCACGCAUCGGCGACUCCGGGCUUGUGCGCUUUGAAGAGUUCGACGUUUCAGGCUUUUGCAGGCACCGACUCCGAAAGGGGGACCCGUAUCGGGGUCCGUUUGCCGUCUGGAAAAAUGUUACGGUUAAAGCACACCGAUGCAAAUAUGAAGAGAAACAACAAAUGUAAUCUCUGAAUGUCCGUAUUCUGCUUGAGAGAGUAAACAGGACAGAAAAAAGUUGGAAAUAUUUGGGAAAAUGGGGGUCCUUGUUUUCCUUCUGAUCUGGAGUUUAAUCUUAAACUUGACAUAUGGACACAGUUUGUUCACAUGUGAGCCUAUUAUUAUCCCAAGAUGUUCUGGAAUGACUUACAAUAUGACAUUUUUUCCUAAUAUGAUGGGACAUUAUGAUCAGGACACUGCAGCUUCCCACUUGAAGCUCUUUCUUCCUCUUCUGAACCUUCAGUGCUCUCCAGACGUCCAUACAUUUCUCUGCAAAGCCUUUGUGCCUGCUUGCUUUGAACAAACACGUGUUGUUCAACCUUGCCGGAGCCUUUGUGCAAGAGUGUAUGAGGACUGUAAAAAGAUGAUAGACAUGUUUGAAAUUGGAUGGCCUAAGGAACUUGAAUGUAGCAGAUUGAAAAACUGUGAUAAAACUGCUGCUGUCACUGCUUCUUUUACUACAAGAGCCAAGGACACACGGAAGAUCUCAGGGCAGCCCAGAAGGGACUAUGGAUUUUGGUGUCCACGUCAUUUGCAGACAUCUAGUGGACAAGGCUAUAGGUUUUUAGGCAUUGAGCAGUGUGCACCCCCUUGCCCCAACAUGUACUUCAAUAAUCAUGAACUAGAAGUUGCCAAAAGCUUUACUGGCAUUGUUUCAAUUUUUUGCCUUUGCGCCACUCUGUUUACAUUCCUAACAUUUUUGAUAGAUGUUAAAAGGUUUAGAUAUCCAGAGAGGCCAAUUAUUUACUAUUCUGUUUGUUACAGUAUAGUGUCUCUCGUUUACUUCCUCGGAUUUGUCCUAGGAAACAAAACAGCCUGUAAUAAGAGUGAUGAAAAACUACAUCUUGGUGAAACAGUCGUUCUUGGUUCUCAGAACAAAGGUUGCACCCUUGUCUUCAUGGCUUUGUAUUUUUUCACAAUGGCCGGAACUGUCUGGUGGGUGAUCCUCACAGUCACUUGGUUCCUUGCUGCUGGACGAAAAUGGAGCUGUGAAGCUAUUGAACAAAAAGCCAUGUGGUUCCAUGCAGUUGCCUGGGGCAUGCCGGGGCUUCUCACAGUGAUGCUCCUUGCCAUGAACAAAGUGGAAGGUGACAACAUUAGUGGUGUCUGUUUUGUUGGCCUCUAUGACUUAGCUACGUCUCGAUAUUUUGUUCUCCUGCCUUUGUGCAUUUGUGUCUUUGUCGGUUUAUCUCUCCUUUUAGCGGGUAUAAUUUCUUUAAAUCAUGUGCGCCAAGUCAUACAGAAUGACGGCAGGAACCAAGAAAAGUUGAAAAAAUUCAUGAUUCGAAUUGGUGUCUUCAGCGGCUUAUACCUUGUGCCCCUAGCGAUACUCUUGGGCUGUUACAUUUAUGAGCAGAUGUAUAGGAAGAUCUGGGAAACCACUUGGGUUUAUGACCACUGUGAUCAAUUUCAUAUACCCUGUCCUUACCAGGCAAAAACAUUAGCUAGACCGGAAAUAACUUUGUUUCUAAUGAAGUACCUGAUGACUUUAAUUGUUGGCAUCUCUCCAGUCUUCUGGAUAGGAAGUAAAAAGACCUUUUCAGAAUGGGCAAGUUUCUUCAACAGAAAUCGCAAAAGAGAUCCAAUCAGUGAAAGCCGGAGAGUGUUGCAAGAAUCAUGUGAAUUUUUCUUAAAACACAACUCUAAAGCAAAGCAUAAAAAGAAACACUACAAAUCCAGUUCUCACAAACUGAAAGUGAUUUCAAAAUCAAUGGGGACUAGUACGGGUGCUACAAGCAAUCAUGGGACUUCUGCAGUGGCCAUUGCUAACCAUGAUUACUUAAGCCAUGAAGUUUUAACUGAGAUGAAAAGUUGUCCAGAAGCAUCUGAGAAAUUGUUGGAAGCAGAUGUAGUACGUAGUCAGAGAGUGGAGGAAGAAGGGUUUCCUCAUAGUGAACAAAGCAUGUUACAAGUGCGAUCCAGCCCUAAAGUGCCUGUGGAACAUCAAGAACAAGAGAGCAAAGGAGACAACAAGCAAGAUAUUGCCAGCUUAUCUGAAAGCAUGAAGAGAGUAGCUGAAAAAAGGACAACUCCUAAAAAUGACAUUACUGAAACUCUUCCACUCCAACUUGGUCAUUCACAUCUCAGUGUUUCCCAGCCUGGCAGUACUAAAGGGUCAGGAUUGCUGAUGGCCCACUCAUCUUCAGAUUCAAGGAAAGCUCACGAGUCUGGUCAUAGCUCAAAUGGUUAAAGAGAUGAAAAAAUAUCAGUUGGUCCACGCUGGCUUGGAAUUCUCACUCUUGAUGUCUAUGAACUCUAAGGAGCACCAGGUUAGGAAAAAUUGUGUUUCAUGAAUAAUUUGAGGUCAAGAAUGACUCCAUUCUUUGUUAAUAUUGGACAUGAGGCAUGCAUUGUGUCUUGUAAAUAAGCACACACUCAUUGCACCAAGAAAAAAUAAAAAUAAUAUUGUAAAGAGA